CGGGUUUUGGCUAGCGUUAAUCCGUUCUCCGAUCCCUCCGUCGGAUGAUCGGCGGCGGAGCCGGGGUUCGAGCCGCCGGUUCGGAGGAGAAGAUAGUACUCAAGUGGGUUGAUCAAGAUAAUUUGGUUACAGUGUUCUGGAGAUAACCUUGAGAUUGUGUGGUCGGGCCAAACUUGUUGGGGAUUAGUCAAGUUAAGCAUCUUGGAUAUCUGAGAACAGAGAGUUGAUGCACAUGUUUGCUAGCAAUAUGGAUAUUAUUGACUUGUCUUCAGACAGUGAAGACAACGGCAGUUUGUGCUCAUAUAGAGAAGAUGGACUUGAUUUUGACGAUCCCAAUGAUGGUCUUGAUUUUGACGACCCCAAUGAUGGUUUUAACCAGGUCCCUGUUUCACUCAACACAGCAUUUGGCAAGAAUAGUGCAGAACAAUUAGUCAGGCUAGAUGACUAUACUUGGUCAAAGAACACUCAUGGUUUAUCCUCACACAGUCCUGAGGAUAGAUCAGAUGUUGAAAUCAGAAGCGAUAUCAAUACUGACUUUAACAUUCACAACAGUAAUUGGCAAUACAAUACUCUUCCACAUCCCUUCAUGAGCAGCAGCUACAGGUCUCACCCACUUUGUGGAACAGGUGGUAACAAUAUUGAAAGUACACAUCUCACUGUGAAACCUAACACUGUGCACUACUACAACGGAACUGAGUUUCCUUCACUCCGCAAGUCAUAUGUUAGCUACGGCCAGGGUGUUUCAACUGAUGAGGAUGACGAUGAUGUCUAUGAGGUUCAGCCUCCUCAAUCAUUUCUGUUCAGCCGUUCAAGUUUAGGUAACAAUAGGAUCGAGGAAGAAUCCACUGUGAAGUGUAAUAGUUUUCAAACAAAUGCUGCCAAUGGAAUUGAGAUGCCUACGUCUGCAAUGUCAACAGGUUGUUUCAAUGCAUAUGGAGGUCUGAAUUCACAUAGGAUCUUUCCUCCAUCAAUGCCAUACAGAAAUUCUGUUAACAAUUUUGGAGUUAAUGGGCUUGGCACCCAAAGCCACUUAAACGUAGAAAAGAAACUUUUUGGCCGUGAUGAGAGAGCAGUGUAUGAUGAAGCCCUGAAGCAUAUCAGUCAAGAAAUACUGGAAGAAGAUUUGCCUGAAGGUGUUAUGUCAAUAUCACUCCUUAAGCACCAGAGAAUAGCAUUAGCUUGGAUGAUUUCCAAGGAGAAUAGUUCACAUUGUUCCGGUGGAAUUUUGGCAGACGAUCAGGGUCUUGGGAAGACAAUAUCAACUAUUGCCCUUAUACAAAAGGAGAGGGUUCAUCAGUCUAAGUUCAUGUCUGCUGAUUCGGACAGUAUGAAAUCUGUAGCUCUAAACCUUGAUGAGGAUGAGACAAUGAUAGUCAUGGAUAAGAAGCAACUGAAGAGUGAACAAGUGAACAUGCCGCAUGCUUCAAUAUUGUUUCCAUCAUUAGAAACAGCAAGUGAUGCCACCGAUCUGAAACCCUGGGCUAGUCAAUCGGGCUCUGUUUUUGAUAGAAUGGCAAAGGCUGACAAAGUUGAACCCAAGAAGAACACCAGAGCGAGGCCAUCGUCUUCGUCAACUUCGAGGACUGCUAAUAGGCCAGCUGCAGGAACACUUGUGGUGUGUCCGGCCAGUGUUCUUAAACAGUGGGCUAAUGAGUUGGCUGCCAAGGUUAAUGAAAGUUCUAAAUUGUCUGUUUUAGUUUAUCAUGGAGGUUCAAGGACUAAAGAUCCAACUGAGUUGAUAAAAUAUGAUGUUGUUGCCACCACAUACACAAUUGUAGCCCAUGAGGUACCUGAACAAAACUCUGAUGAGCAUAUGGAGAAAAAGGACAGCGAAACAUAUGGAUUAUGUCCAGCAUUUUCUAUUGGCAAUAAAAGAAAGAAAAAUAAUGAAGCAAAGAAGAAAAAGAAACCUAAGAAUUCAGGUCCUGACCUUGAUGGUGGACCACUUGCCAGGGUACGAUGGUUCAGGGUUGUGCUUGAUGAAGCUCAAACGAUAAAAAAUUACCGUACCCAAGUGGCUAGAGCCUGUUGUGGACUGGAAGCAAAAAGGAGAUGGUGCUUAUCAGGAACACCUAUACAAAAUACAAUCGAUGAUUUGUAUAGUUAUUUCCGUUUCUUGAAAUAUGAACCAUAUUCUGUGUAUAGCUCCUUUCAAUCAAUGAUAAAGUGUCAAAUUUCUAGAGAUGCAACUCGUGGCUAUAAGAAACUCCAAGCUAUCUUGAAGAUAGUUCUGCUGCGGCGCACAAAAGAAACACUAAUUGAUGGAGAACCGAUCAUAAAAAUACCACCAAAAACGAUUCAGCUGAGCAAAAUAGACUUCAUAAAAGAGGAGCGGACUUUCUAUAUGAUGCUUGAAGAAGGUUCUAGGGAAAAGUUCAAGGAAUAUGCUGCUGCUGGGACGAUAAAAGAGAAUUAUGCAAACAUUCUUGUAUUGCUGCUGCGACUUCGGCAGGCUUGUGACCAUCCUCUUCUUUUGAAUGGGAAGCAAUCAGAUUUGAUUGAUACUGGCUCUAUAGAAGUGGCAAAGCAACUUCCUAAGGAAACAGUGAUAAAUUUGCUUAGAAAGCUGGAAGGUGGAGGCUAUGAAAUUUGUUCCAGAUGCAGUGACACACCUGAGAAUGCCGUGGUAGCAACGUGCGGUCAUGUUUUCUGCUAUCAAUGUGUACAUGAAAGCUUAGCAAGUGAUUACAAUGUUUGCCCCUCCCCUUUUUGUGGAAAGCAACUAAGUGCUGAAUCAGUUUUUUCACCUGGAGUACUAAGGUUUUGUAUAGCUGAAAAAUUGCAGCCUGAUGCAACAACUAGCAGUUCUAAAGCAGCAGAUGGAUCCCCAUCAAUAUGUGAAAGCAGUUACAUCUCCUCGAAGAUCCGGUCAGCCACUGACAUACUUAACUCAAUCGUCAAUACACAUGCCCUUACUGGGAGUGAUACUAUUGAAUCAAAUCCAAGUGAAGUAGCUCCUCCUAAGGCAAUAGUAUUCUCCCAGUGGACUGGCAUGCUGGACUUGCUGGAGCUUUCACUGGAUAACUAUCGUAUAAAAUUCAGAAGGCUCGAUGGUGCAAUGUCUCUCAACUUAAGAGAAAAGGCAGUGAAAGAGUUCAACACUGACCCAGAGGUCAGAGUAAUGCUUAUGUCACUUAAGGCUGGCAAUCUUGGCUUAAACAUGGUAGCUGCUUGCCAUGUGAUUAUGAUUGAUCCAUGGUGGAACCCUUAUGCUGAGGACCAGGCAGUUGAUAGGGCACACAGAAUUGGUCAGAUCCGUCCUGUAACUGUUUCCCGCUUAACGAUCAAAGACACGGUGGAAGAUCGCAUUUUAGCUUUACAGGAGAAAAAGAGAAAGAUGGUCCAAUCCGCUUUCGGUGGGGACAAACCUGGUGGCAACGCAACUCGGCUCACCUUAGACGAUCUCCAAUAUCUAUUCGGAAUAUGAGAUUAUGAGGGCAGCUCAUGGUCCUUCACACGGAUGGUGAAUUUUGUCGUAACACAGGCCUGACAUAUCAGUAAUCAGUUAUUAGUCGAUGACAAGCCUUGCAGCCAUUAAUUAUGCACCUGAUAUCCCUUACCAUGGUUGAUGCGUCGAGCAAUUUUUUUUUUCUUAACUGCACUGAUCAUUGGACAAAGGGUUCGGUAGCUUUUGUGAUUAGAUUAUGUCUCGUCGCCAAAACUGGGAUAUUAGGAGGUCUCACAUCUUCAGGAUUUCUUUUGUGUGUGUAUAUAUGGCGUGUUAAUUUUUAUGUUGGUUCCUUCUCUCCUCUCUGAGCGUUGAUAUCCAAGUGAUUGCAAAUGCUUUAGUUCUCUUCAGUUAAUUUUAUGAUAUUUGU